CUCGCCGCCUAUCGCGAGCACAUCGGUCGGUCGGUUCCGUCGGUAGGGAGUUCUGACCUCCUGCGUUCGCGUUCUUCCAGGCAGUCUAGGAUAACCGCGCGGACGGAGCGGCAGUGUUGGUUGAAGCAAACGCUAGUGAAAGUGUGUCAUUCUUUUCCGAAUUUUCCCGCUACGAAAGCGAUCGGAUACAGUUUGGUGCAUCGAGGAGGUGUGAUUUUGUCGCGAGUGUUGUGUGAUUUUCAAGACGGUCAAGGCCACAGCUGCGGUGGGCCACGGGUUGAUGAGUUCUUCGAACCAGUUUGAAACCCAUUCAAAACAAAGUGGUAUGAAAACAUCUUUAAUGAAGAUUGAGAAGGUUGGUUAUCGUGUGACGGAAGGGAAUCUCUAAGACGGAAGGAUGAUUAGUCGAGCGGAUAAAGCUUGAGUUGAGUGUGGCAGAACCACAGAGGUGUAUACUUCAGUGAUUGUUUGCAUUCCGUGAGCGGGUGAAAAGGAAGCCUGGAAUACAGUUUCGAAACUUUGAGUGAUUUUCAUUAGUCGAGAGUCUCAGAUUGUGGAACGCCGUGUACCGUGAAGGAUUACGCGUGUAGUCUCAGCUCAUCACAUCACCACGUCGGGAACACACUUGUCUCGGGCCAGACGGGAACGGGUCUCGAGUAGCUGAAGAAGUGGCACCGCGGACGGACAAGCAAUUUGUCGUUAUUUAUUUAACGCUGACAGGGCUGGCUUUCAUCCAUUUCAUCUAGGAUUAGCUCUUAACAACCGCCGCCAACUCCUGCCGCACGUGUACUCGUGCUGCAGCAGUGAACGUUGACCCGUGAACCACCCCUCAUCAAUCGGAACCAAAAACCCAACCUCAACAAUGUCACCUCCGCGGUCCUCGAGUUGGGCCACCUUGGCAUUUGUCCUCUCGCUCACCUCCACCUGCCUUCUACAGACAACACUGGCCCGAAGCUAUGAAAAGGAAAGCUAUCGAAAGGGCAAAUCCACACAGAUCUCAGCCUCCCAGCCCACGAUUACCACUCCCCUGGUGGAUCUCUGCUCCGAGGAUAUUAACAUGAAAUUGGCCUGCCACUGUUCACCGGAAGGACACGCCAAGGCACAAAAGGCGUCCUGCUCGAUAUUCGACGGGGAGCUUCCCCGAAAAGACGCCAACUGGCUGGCGUUCCACACGCAAACCAGCCUGGAGAAUCUCAAGUUUACCGUGCGCAAAUCCGGCAAUCUCACCUACAUUCCCUCGGACGUACUGUUCACGCUGAAAAAACUCCGAAUGCUCACCAUCGAGUACGGCAUCAUUUCGGACAUCUACCCGUACGCGUUCGGUAACCUGACUGAACUGCGGACGGUGAACCUACCGAACAACCAGAUAAAAACCCUCCACUCACAUGCUUUUGCCAAUCACCACGCGCUGGACGAGAUCAUGCUGGAGAACAACGACAUCCGACGGAUCGAUCGCGAAGCGUUCGUUAACCUACCGAUGCUGAUCAAGCUGAACCUGGCGAACAACACCAUCGCAGAGUUGCACGAUAACGGGUUCGUUGAAUUGACGAAGCUUGAGGAACUUCGGCUGGAGUUGAACAUGAUCUCGGUGCUGGCCAAGGAGUACUUCAAGGGAUUGGAGAACCUUAAAGUGCUGAAGUUGUCCUACAACGAUGUCAACUACAUUGGGGCUACGGUGUUUGCCGAUCUGUGGAGUCUCCAGAUGUUAUUCUUGGAUGGAAAUAAAAUCGAGAAAUUGGAUGAACGAGCAUUCGACGGACUGAACAAUUUGCACUACCUUCACUUGGAGAACAAUCGGCUGACCACGCUGGAGAGUGGCACUUUUACCAGUGUUUCUGCUUUGGUUGUGCUGAAUCUCGACAGUAACUCACUGGAGACGCUGAGCUACAGCCAUAUCCUUCCACUCAUGGAUAACUUGGUCAACAAUAGCGCGAUUCUAUCGAUCAGAGAAAACCGUCUCGUUUGUGAUUGUCGACUUUCCUGGAUCUACGAUCUGAACAAUCGCACCCGCAACGAAGAUCUCCGCGAAAGCCUGAACAAAAUCGAAUGCACCAUCGUCACCAAGGACACCUACAGCAGCAAUCCCCGGCAGAACCAAGCGGUGGAAUCGUCCUUCCUGGAAUCGCCGCUGGACGAAGAUGGUGACUACUUCGAAGAUGCCGCACUGGAUAACGAAGCAACCGAAGAGGAGAAACCCGAGGUGGUGCACCUGUUCAAGGUGGGCAAGGAGAAACUGUACUGCCCGGAGGAACUGAUUGGACCCACCGAUGACCCGCGCCCCCGCGCAUCCAAAGGCAUUCUCGACCUACCGUGGAUGCCGUCGGGCGCCAACGGCAUUCGGCCAAGCAGCAGUAGCACGAUUUUUUCCGCUCUAUGCAUUCUCGUUUCCUCCAUAGGCUUAGUGGCGAUCUCGAGCGUUAGAUGGUAAAUUUGCUAACUUAUUUUCCCGCUGUGUAUGUAUUAGAAGUGUAAGAGUGAACUGAUGAUGCUAAAAGACAAAGAUUGACUAAACAAAUAAGUAAAUGUAAACUGCAUGAUUUUAACAAGUCAAAUCCCUCGUCUGAACUGCGCUACCAAACUAGGAUGUAAUGUGAAUGGUCCCCCCAAGGAGCCAUGCAGACUCGAAGUCGGAGAACGAGUAUUUGUGUCCCCGAGGAAACCUCCUGAUCUUUAUAGCUACUUCUCUUUUACCGGUAAAAAUAGAUUUAAGCUAAACCAUGGAAAUGUCGAUAAAUCACACACACACAAACGCAGAUUCUUCUACACAAUAAAUUAAAAGAGUAACCUAGUAUGGAACAAGUGAUGUUUAAGUGAGACAUUAAGGAACUAAGCAGAAACCAAUCGCCGAUAAAGAAUUAAGAAAUUAAAUUUUAACGGUAGUGAAAUCUCUUCAGUCACUUCAUUAUAAGUAAGCAAGUAACAAAUCAGAAUUAAAAAAAAAACGAAAAGUGUAACUAAUAAAAACUUUUCUCAGUGGGCAGAGGGAAACCAAGAAUUUGAAAAUCUACUUUUUAGAAUUAUUUUUGAUAAAGCAAUAAAAAUUGAUUUUCAAAGCGAA